AUGCUUCCACUUUCUUUAAAUGAACUUGAAGACAGCCUAAUUUUCAGUGUGUUUAUCCGGAUUCCGACUAGAGGAUUUGACUUUAUUGACAAUAUGAAGUCGACAAUAUUAGUAGCCGUAAUUGUUUGCGCUUCCAUUGCUGGUGUAUAUUCUGACUUUGCAACACAAUCAGUUUUACCCUAUCAACAAUUAUCUGAUAGACAAGCUUCCUAUUUUUCUGUUAUCUGGGAUGUUGUGUUUCGUGAGCAAAUAAUUUAAUUAAAUGAAUUAUCAUUUGGGAAAUCGUUCCGAAUUUUCACAUCUGGUGACUAAGUAUAGCCACAAAUCCCUUUGCCACAAUAGGCUGAGACACCAAGCUGUAAUUUUGUUAGUGUUUUCCAAUAAAUGCACGAAUUUUUGGAAUCAGUUAAUGCUAAGAAAUAUUUCAAGAUUCAUGGUUAGUUUUCGUUGGUGUUUUUGAAGUGGUUGCAUGCAAUGAGUUUGUUAUGAACAAAAGGUAUUCUAGGAAUAAUUUCGCAUCCAAUUUUCCAAAUUAUUUCGCGAUAUCAGUGUUGAGUAAGUUAAUAUACCUCAAAUGUUUUCAUCAAACUAUAUUGAAAAUUUUAACAUAACAAGGGGACGAAGAUGCUAAUCAUCUUCUAACCUAUUGUCACAAUAACUUACAGAACUGUCAGAAAUGAAUUGUGAUGCGCUUUUCUAUGAAGUAACGACAUGUUGUCCAAAAAGACGAAUACUUUCCAAGAUUGGCUAUCUGAUGUUCAACUUCACUCAGAGAUUUGAAAAAUAUCCUAUUAUCAUCAGUGUUCAAGUCUGUUUAUAUCCACAAGAAUCUGGUGUGUUUGAAGAAAUUUAGUAAUUGAAGUGGACCAGUCAGCUUGAAUUACAGACGAAAAGAAAUCAAACAUGUCGAUCACUUCUGACACAAGUCACUACUGCGAUACACAAUAUACAAGAGAGUCGUUGAAACGAGAAUGGGUUGUCACAUUGUAGUAUGCGAUUUUCACACCUCUCAGUGGAGAACCGACACUCCUUCGUUAACAAAGAAAUCUUUGUCCUCACAUCCAACAAUUUUCAAUUGUGGAACACAAAUGUAAAUUUCUAGAUGUUGAGAGAUUCAUAUUUAUUUGUUUCGUAAUUAAUUUCUACUGAAUGGAACCAAGUUGAAAACUGCAAAUUUACAAAAUGGCUGCAGAAACGUGAAUCACCUGCAAUCCUAUGGAGGAGUAAAGCAUUAAACACAAUGUAUUUCUGUGAGAUAUACGAAUAUUACUCAAACGUUAAGAUAAAUCAAGAAAUUCCACAGGUUAACGAGGGUAAAGCAUUCCAGAUACUUGGUUUGCACAGACGUUGUAACUGAAAAACAGGUUCCAUUACUCAGAGACCAUUUCAGUGUGGAGCUCCUUUCAUAACUACAUGAAAACUUGUGUGUCUAUUUUCCAAAUUGAAUUGUGAAUCCUGGAAAAAAUAAAUUAAUCGAAAUGAUCAUCUCAUUGCUUCCUGAAGUCUUCGUCUUCAUCUAUUUCGAGUGCAUAUUUCAAUGAAGGUUGUUCUCAGCUAAGAGGGUAGCCGAGUGUCCGUUG